AUGGUGUCGUUUCCCACAGAGCGGCGCAAGAAGGUGACCCAGGCGUGUGACUACUGCAAGAAGCGUAAGUACAAGUGCAUCGGCAAGUCACCAUGUGAGUUGUGCAAGAAGAAGAACAUCGUGUGCCAGUUUUCCAUCGUCGAUCGCAGAACCACCAAGGGCAUCAAGAAGAUUUUGGCCAACCCAUCCAAGUCCUCGCCCAACAGCCCGGUCGCCUCCACCCCCCACUUAUCUAUCCCCCAAAUCAACACCUUCAGCACGUACCCGGACCACGGCUCCAUCAACAAGCUUCCCCCCGCCUCCAAGUUGUUACGGUCAACCUACAUUCCCAAAAGCUUGCAGCCCCUCUUGUCCUUCCCGUUGAACGCCUACAAGGAAGAAGAAUCCGAGCCAAAACCUGUGGUUCUUCCCAGCGUGACCCCAAAGCAAGACGACGUCAAAAUGGAAGACAGCAGCAGUGGUGAGCUCAGCGACGAUCAAAAGGUCCCUAGGAUUCUUUUCGAUUCGGCUACCUCAACCAGAUACAUUGGCGAAAGUAGUCCGUUGUCGCUUCUAUUCGAAGCAAGAAAUAUCUUCAUGGACAAGCUUGGAGUAUCAGAUUUUUCCUCCGACGACCAAGGCAUCAACAUGUUGGAUGAGCCCAUACAAUUGAGGCCAGGAAAGGCCAUCGACCUUCCUGCGAGAGAACAUUGUGAUAAAUUGUUGGUAUUCUUCCAAAACAACGUCAACCAAAGUUGGUACAUAUUCAACAUGAGCUACUUCACCAGAAACGUCAUCGAUCAUGUCUACAGGGAUCCAGUGAAAGCCCUGCCUGAAAAGUUGGCGUUGCUCCAUUUGGUAAUAUCUUUGGGCCUUCUUUUUGCCGAAAUAUCCAGGUCUCCGCUAAUUCAGGAACUUGCGCCAAACAGUACUUCAGUGGCCUAUUUUGAAAGUGGGUUCAACCUUAUAAGAAGUACUGUUGAUGACGGCAAGUUGUGGUUGACCGAAGCUUAUUUCCUUAUUUAUUUCUACUACCAAACUAAUUGUAAUAGAAGUACCUCGUGGUUGAUGUUGGGUACUGCUAUCAGAAAUGCCCAAGCAUUGGGUUUACAUCGAAAAUUUAUCAACGAAUCCUACAAAGACAGAAGUUACGUCUACCAUAGACGUAAAUUAUGGGUCAGUCUCUACGUUUGUGACAGAAUAUCCUCGAUCUUGCUCGGAAGGCCGUUAUUGAUUGCUGAUUACGAUUGGGACGACUUUGAUAAUUCGGAAGAGUUGGUCCAAAGUGAACCCAAGAAUGCACUCAAUAUCAAAUGCUUGAUCGAAAUUGCCAAGGUUGCAGUUUUAAAUGGUAAGAUCGUCCAAAACUUUUAUUUAAGUGGCACCAUUGACCCAGUACGUGCAGAAAAGUUAGCAAUUGAUUUCAAAAUUUGGUCCAUUAAUCUUGAUCCGGAUCUUCAAAUUGAUAAAAUUUUACGUUGGCAAAGUGCAGUGGAAAGCGAAGGAGCACCAGAAAAUGUUGCACAGGAUAACUUCCUGGUAUUUGCGGUGCACCUUUCACAAUUAUACGGGAUUAUGUUAUUGUGUCGUCCAUUCUUCAUGUAUCUUGCAUUUAAGAGUGAUACUGACUUGACACGUCCAAAGAAAGUGAAGCAUCAUAACACUAUGAUCCAUUUUUGCAAGGCUAGUGUGAAAUCUUCAGUCUUAACUAUCACCCUCAUCAAUUAUUAUAUUCAACAGUAUUCAGAGAGAGUCGAGCUGUAUCCUGCAGUGAAUUGCUGUUUUAUGGCCGCGCUUAUUCUCGGUUUAUCUAUUCUUCAUAGAAAAACCUCUCAAGGGUUUCAGGAUGAAUAUAGUAUUGUUACCUUGAUGGAGAAAUUAGUCACUGCAAGAAAUAUUUUGAACUUGCUUGGACCAAUCAGUGUCACUGCUCAUAGAUUCAGUGUUAUCGCCAGCAAAAUGAUCAACUCGUUGGAAGAUGCAUUUGCCAGCGCUCAUACCGAAGAUGCAAGUGACUUGGGUAGUGUGAGCUAUGACACUCCAAGAUCGUCCAUAGGGGGUGGAAAGAUAUCACCUAUUCCUGUCAGCACCACAACAACAGCCAACCAGCAUAAUGUUUCGCACAACUACCCACCAAGUGCCAACAGUUCUAACCUUCCACAUGCCUCUGCAGACUUGGAGAGCUUGAUGGAUUUCCAACUGUUCUUUGUGCCAAGCGGCUCUAAUAAUAACAAAAACUCUUCAGAUGAAAGUUCCGAAACUUCGAGAACGAAUAACGAAAAUGUUGAUCCGCAUCUGUACAAUAUAGGAACAAGUGAUAUCUUGUUCGAUAAUAAUCUCUAAUGUAAUAUAAGGUGGAUGAUAAUGGUUUACCAGUUACUGUAGCCUAUUGAUGUAGCAUAAGCCAGAC